GCCCCAGAUUCAUGGACUCCUCGUCCUCUCCAUUCUCUCUUCUCUCAAACCCGUAAUUUCAUCCCUCCUCAAACCAUCUUAAACUUAUAGGGGAAACCAAAAAAACAUUAAAAAAGAAUAGGAAUUCUAAGUAGUGUAUGGAUAGUAGAGAUGGAGACGGAGCUGCAGCUUCUGGACUCUGCCGCCUCGCCGCGCACCGCGAAGCUGAAGUCGCCGUCGAGCAGCGUCGGCAGCAUUCAUGAGUACACCAGCCUCAAGGACAUCCUCCUCGGCCUCGACUCCCCCACCGCCGCCCUCGGCGGCAUCGGCAGCUGCAGCCGCGGGAGCCGGGCCGGGUCGGGCAUCGACGUCGCCGGCCACGGUGGCUUCGACUCCUCCGCCAUCUGCAUCCGCAAUCAGCUGGUAAAGCAUGCGGCCUCCGCGUAUCUCCAGUCGGCCGCCAUCCUCGCGACCCGCGACCGGAGCUGCCUCACGCGGUUCUGGCACAGCGCGCGACGCACGUGCACUCGCCCCGCGGGGGGCACGGCCUGCGCCGCCGACCCAUUUGAGGCCCUCGCCAGGUUCGUGGAGCGGGCGGUGCGCGGGGUCUGCGCCUUCCUCGCCGGCGUCGUGGGAGGAGUCAGGGCUUCGACCGCAAGGAUGGCCAUCGCCUCGUGAUGUCGACUUUAAGAUUCGAACCUGUCACCUGUGAACCGAUUGAUAACAACUAUUUUCCUCUGAUGCACCGUGAUGAGAUCGAUGUAUCUCGUAAAAUUUUUUCGUCUAGCAAGUUAAUUAAGCGCUUUUAACGCGUUUUGCAUGCAUGCAAAACUUUUCUUUUCGUGUGUAUUAAUUGCAUGUGUAAGUUUGAACUUUGUAAUUGGGUGGUGUUUUAUGUGUAGUGCAUUAUUUUAUUUUAUUUUUUCCAUGUGGGUGUAAGAGGUAUUCAAGGAGGAGGGGUGUAACUAUUACAAAGUUUGUAGUCUCUCUUGUGCUACAAAAAUGAAUGUUAAACUUUAGUUAAUCUUAUAA